CUCUUCACUCAUUCUUUUUUCCAGCGUUUUCAUGAAGCCCAUCCUGAUCAACGAUUUUGAAGCCGUUGCCAUGGAAACUGAGCAACGUAACAGUGUAGCAUCGUCAAUGGGUAACAUAGACCAGCUGAACCUGGUCAUCCCUGAAGAACUUCCAUCGCCCCUCUACUCUUUGGAGGAUAUUCCCGAUGUCGACCUUACAUUUCCAGAUGAAAGCUGCAUUGAUAGUUUCACAGACCCGACUACGACCACCGGCGAGAAUGGUCGAGUGGGAGGGGGCUGUAACGCUGAUGGGGUGUGUCUACCCUGUAAGGUCUGCGGUGACAAGUCCUCUGGUUUUCACUAUGGCGUCAUGGCCUGCGAGGGCUGUAAGGGUUUCUUCCGAAGAAGCAUUCAAAAGAAGAUGGAGUACAAGUGUCACUUUUCCGGGAACUGUCAGAUUGAGAGAGUUAAUCGCAAUCGAUGCCAGCAUUGCAGAUUUAGAAAGUGCCUCGCUGUUGGAAUGUCAAAAGAAUCUGUGAGGAUUGGACGCUACUCGAAGCGAGUCAAGCAGAAUAAUCUUGAUGAGAUCCGCAAAUUGGCAACAAGGCCGGAGACAGCAGAAGAUAGAGAGGCACGUGAGAAACGCGAGAUGGAGAUCUACACGAUGAGCCAGACGAUCCUCCAAGCGAGGGAUGCUACUUUCCUCUACGAUAAGAAAACGGUUCAGUCGUUACUUGAUAGACGCUCAGAACUCAUGGAGAGGUUGAAUAGCAGUGGCGCCUCCGUCGUCCCCGACUCGUUCACGUCAGAUCUGAGGGAGGAAGAGAAGAAAAAUAGCAAAACUUUUGCGUGGAAGAUAUUCCUUGAGGCGAUCUCACCAGCCAUCAGGAGGAUUGUGGAGUUUGCUAAGUGCCUUCCGGGCUUUAUGAAGAUACAGCAGUGUGAUCAGAUGCAGCUUCUAAAGCAGUCCUACUUCGAGGUCUGGAUGAUCCAGAUCAGUCCCCUGGUGUCUCACACCGAUCGUAGCCUCAUCCUCGGAAACAACACCCUCCUCGAUUCCCGUCUCCUGGAGAGUAUGGGACAGGACAAUCUAUGGCGGCACGUCUUCGAGUUCACCCAAUCUCUCAGUAAACUCAACCUCAGCGAGAUGGAGACGUCACUGUUCAUCGCAUCCACCAUCAUUAAUUCAGAUCGUGCAGGGCUCCGUCGAAGGACAGACAUCGAGCCUCAAUCGGAGCUGAUCAUGGAAUGUCUUAGGCGAGAGCUGAGCCGCAAAGAUCCUCAGGAGACGAGACGCUUCUUUCACCUGGUAACCAAGAUGCAGCUAAUGCGCUCGACCUCGUUGCUCCAGGCGGAGUCGUUGCUUGGUUUUCGUCUGGAGUAUCCAUCUAUCCCGGUCCCGCCGCUCUUGGUGGAGCUGAACGAGGCAAUAGGGGACCCGCCUAAACCGGACAUUCAUGAUCUGUGCAGUGGCAUCAUGAAUGACUCCAAUGGAAAUAUAAACAAAAGGUGCCCCGACAUCUGGGAGAAGCUGCCCCUACCAAAGCUGAUCAAAGGCUGCGGUCUGUUCCACCCUCCCAAGUCUGUUUGCGGUGUACCUACCAACGUCAUGCCAACCAUACCCAAGGAAGAGAAAGGGGAACGUACGAGUUGUUCCGCCUCCAGCCAACCCUACCAGUGAAUCGCGCUCUCACUAGCCAACUGCCUUGUGUUCGAUAUGAUGGUUGUACGUGUGACUCUGCUUCAGUCGAAUGUGUUCGACUGAGGCGAAAUAUGACUUAGGAGACGUGAUUAACACAUGUUUUGCAUAAUUUUGUCUGAAAUGAUGCUCAGAGGUAGGCGAUUAUUCAGAGUCAACUGUACAUACCUGACUCUGAGUGAUUGAAGGGACUUAUUGUGAUAAAAUCUGUUGCAUGUAAGAGUAACUGGGUAUUCUUGGUCGCUUCAUCUUUGUACUCGAUUUCUUUCCUAAAAUGGUAGAUGUUAACAAGAGGACUUGAAAUUGAUAUCACUGAUGUUAUCAUUAUGAUUUAAGUAAAAUUUGUUGUUGCGUGACAGUGGUAUCUCUUGUGCAUCAGUCAAUCAAUCCAGAGCUGGUACAUUGGCAUUAUCAUUAAUACAUAUUCCUGCAUUUGUAUCAUCAACUCCAAGCUUGAAAAGGCAUCGUGGCUCGGUGCAUUCACCGAAUGUUUCCACUGCCAUCUACAUGUAGUCUAUUUCACAGUGGCUGGACAGUGUAGAACAAACCUUGAACCUUGAAGACCUAAUCCCUUAACCCGUGGAAUACUGAAUUCUGUAAUUCCCACAGACUUUGUACAGGUAUCACCCGGUUCCAGUUGACAACGGGUUAACCACCUCUUCCAAGUUGAACUCGGAUAUGAUAAGCUGUGACAGUAGAUGGUGGUGCAGACAAUCGUGUUGGGUUUCUAUUUCAAAUAAAAAUGGAGAAGGGCAAGUAAAAACCAUGCUCCUGGGGCUUACAGCAUCCUGGAACCUACAGGAGGUUCUAACCCUCUGAAGACAGGAAGGGCAGCCUCUUGGAAGACAGCGACUCUUAUGGUAGUAAUUAAUCGUCAGGGAUGGAGAAGGGCAAGUAAACUGGAGAAGUAAACCCACAGGUUUACAGCAUCCUGGAACCUACAGGAGGGUCUAACCUCUGAAGACAGGCAGGGCAGCCUUCUUGAAGACAGUGACUGUUUUGGGAGUAACCAUCAGGGAUAUAGUCAAGGGCAUUACUUCUGAGUUGCGAGGCUGCUGGAGAAUACCUUUCCCUUAGACUUUGUACACAUGACUCGGGCCAAGGCCGGCAAAAUGUGG